CGCCGAUGAAUGCAACACGCCUCACAGGCCCCAAACACUCUCUUCGAUGAUUCUAAAGAUUCGAUGAUACCGAUUUUCAGCUCUGGCACAACCUGUAUCGAAGCUGGCGCGCGGUAGCCAUGCUUUCCGCCUUCACAGCUCGGCCGAUUGUUGAGCUCCGGCAACGGGACAAGUUCAAGAUUGAAUCCAUCCUUGCAUAUGGCGAUCGAUUACUAGUUGGUUUGAGCACGGGGAGUCUGCGCAUAUACCGAGUCAACGAGAUCCCAGAGGAGAAACAGAAUGGGAGUACAAAACCAGACGACAAGCCUCCCUCACGACCGAGCUCCUCUUCUACCCCGAAACCGGUCGAUCUGCUGCGAGAGGUGGAGAAAUUCUCAACUAGGGCUGUCGAACAGCUAGCCAUUUUGAAGGAGGCGAAUAUUUUGAUAUCUUUGUCGAAUUCAUACGUCUCGAUCCAUGAUUUGCAAUCAUACACACUUCAAGAGCAGUUGGCGAAGACCAAAAGCGCUACAACAUUUGCUGUUACAUCGAACAUUGUCAAGGACUCUGCUACGGGGAUACCGGAAAUCAUUUCAAGGUUGGCAGUGGCUGUUAAGAGGCGUCUGAUACUCUGGUCAUGGCACGAGUCCGAGCUGGAGCAAGACACAGUUGAGAUCACCCUACCGGAAUCAAUCAAAACAUUGACGUGGGCUUCUGCGACGAAGAUCAUAUGUGGUAUGAACGCGGGGUAUGUGAUUGUGGAUGUUAUCACGCAGGAGGCAGAGGAGAUUGUUGGCCCUGGAGCUAUUGGUGGCGCCGCAGGCGCCCAGGGGAGUCGAUUUGGAGGCCUUGGAUCAGCAAGCAUGGGGUAUAUGGGCCUCGGGGGUUACAUGCCGAAUCCAUUGGCGACAAAACUUGCAGACGGAGAAAUGCUUCUUGCAAAGGACAUUAAUUCGCUGUUCAUCACAUCGGAAGGGAAGCCCUUGGAAAAGAGACAAAUCCCAUGGCAACAGGCACCAGAUGCUAUAGGGUAUUCCUACCCAUACAUCUUGGCCCUGCAGUCACCCUCACAAGGGACACUGGAGGUUCGGAAUCCGGAUACACUGUCACUUCUGCAGUCCAUCGCCCUACCGAAUGCGAAGCAGCUACAUUUCCCUCCGCCAACAGUGAGUUUAGCUCAUGCUGGGAAGGGAUUCCACGUAGCUAGUGAACGGGUUAUCUGGCGGAUGGGAGCAACGAAUUACGACACCCAAGUCGAUGAGCUUGUGGAAAAGGGGAAAUAUGAUGAAGCAAUUAGCGUGCUCAAUAUGCUUGAAGACGCUCUCCUCAAGCACAAGGUGGAACGCCUUCGCGAAAUAAAGAUUCAAAAGGCACAAGCACUCUUUGAUGAACGCAAAUAUCGGGAUGCUGUUGAUAUUUUUAUGGAACAGGAUGUCCAGGCACCACCAGAACGAGUCAUCAAGUUGUAUCCGAGAGUCAUUGCGGGUGACUUAUCGACAAUUGAGGAGAAACAUCCAGAUGUCGACACGGACAACGAAGAUUCAAAAGCGGGUACUAAUGGGGAUGCUGGACCCAUUACAGAGGAGAAACAGGGGGAAGCGAAGCAAGAUGUUGGGUCUCCAAAACCUGCCGCUAUAAACAAGCUGCUCAAGACCCACCAGAAAGCUCUCUCAGACACCUCUUCGAUUCGGUCCUUCAUGCGACUCGAUGGUGGUGACUCAAGUGAUACGGCUAGCACUCGUGCCAGACCAGAUGAUACACGUCUUGAAGGCAAGGAUCUCAUUACCGCGGCCCUUGCUCUCAAUGAUUUCUUGGUUCAAGCACGCAACAGGAUGAAAGAGUUUCUGGAUGCAGACACAGGGAAAAUGAAAGCACGAACGCAAAACGGCCAUAACGGGAAUUUUGAACAUGCUUUCGCAUCACUUCUCACCACGCCAGCAUCCGAUGCCGAGAAAGAUCGAGAGAUAAAGUUGCGAGAUACUGCAAAGCUCAUUGAUACAACCCUCUUCAGAUCCUACAUGUUGGCCAAGCCUCAACUGGCUGGUGCCCUGUUCCGAAUUCCCAACUUCUGUGACCCUGAUGUGGUCAAUGAGAAGCUUCUGGAAACUGGGAGAUACAGCGAACUGGUUGAUUUCUUUCAUGGCAAGAAACUUCAUCGGCCUGCACUCGAAUUAUUGAAGAGAUUCGGAAUGUCCAAGGACGAGAACGAGACCCCAGCAACCUUACAAGGCCCGCAAAGGACUGUUGGAUAUCUACAGAAUCUCCCACCAGAAAUGAUCGACUUGAUUCUAGAAUUUGCAGAAUGGCCAUUACGAGCAGAUCCAACCUUGGGGAUGGAAAUAUUCCUGGCAGAUACAGAGAAUGCUGAGACUCUACCAAGAGAUAGGGUGGUCAAUUUCUUGCAAGGGAUUGAUGCGAAGCUCGCAGUGAAAUACUUGGAGCACGUGAUCAACGAACUGAACGAUUUGAACCCCGAGUAUCAUAACCGGCUGAUUGAAGCUUAUAUUCAGGAGUUGAGGAGUAGAGAAGACAGGGAUUCGGAGAGCUGGAGAGGGCUGAUGCAGAGAUUGACUUCCUUUUUAAAGACGAGUAACGAGACUAAAAGUCACUCGUUGUCCAAGGCUUUUGGAUUGAUACCCAAGGAUGAUCCUUAUUUUUAUGUGGCGCAAACGGUUGUUUUAAGUAAUAUGGGGCAGCAUAAACAGGCAUUAGAGAUCUACGUCUUCAAGCUCAGAGACUACAGAAAGGCAGAAGAGUACUGCAACCGCAUCCACCUCACCCAAGACUCAGCAGUCGCUUCACCCAUCCAAUCUCGCCGUGGCUCAACCAGCCAGGACGACGAAGAUGCCGUCCCCCCAAUAUAUCACACACUUCUCUCCCUUUACCUCACACCCCCACAACCGCACCAGCCAAACUGGCCACCCGCACUCGACCUCCUUUCCAAACACGGUUCCCGUCUCCCCGCCUCGUCAACACUGAACCUCAUCCCGGCAACCCUCCCAGUCGCAGAGUUGGAAUCCUAUUUCCGUGGCCGUAUACGAGCAGCGAACUCCAUCGUCAACGAAGCAAAAGUCGUUUCCGGGCUCCGCAAGAGCGAAGUCGUCUCUGCACAAGCAGCGCUCCUACUCGGCGACGGGAUACCAGGUAGCAACGGAGGGCGAAAUAGAAGAGUAAUUGUGUCGGAAGAGAGAGUAUGCGGUGUGUGUCACAAACGGCUAGGAGGAACCGUGUUUGCCGUGUUGCCAGAUAACGGAGUUGUGCAUUACGGAUGUUUGAAUCGUGCGAACGGGCGGUCGCCGGGCGGGAUGGAGAGUUUGAAGGCGGCGCAAUGGAGGUGAUGUUCGUGAUUUGGUGCAGCGAAUGGAUAGAAACAUAGCGAGGAGUUCUUCGGUGUAGUGUCUAGGUGUUUGUUGUAUAUAUCCCGUCUAGAUAUUGGGACCAUGAGUACAUAUCAAAUCCAUUCGGAACCUCGUGCCAUCAAUCUUCCUCUACAACCUCUUCCCCGUAAUUAUCUUCCUCUUUCGCUUCGUCCACCACUUUUGGAUUGGAGGUACCGUUUGCAACAGCUUCGCGCGCCUUGUCUUCCUCCAUCCGCGAUGUAAGCUCCUUGUUUAUCGUUUCUUGCAUCUCCGCGGUGGCUUUUCGGAGGCUGGCGAGGUAGGCAGUUCGGUCUGUUGUUUUCGUGGUGGGAGGUGCGGGGAGCUUGGUUGUGUGGGUGAACGGCUCGUUGGUGGGGGAUUGAUAGGUUGCUGAGAGGAGUUCGAAUUUCAGCUGUGAAGCUUCUGUAGAUUUUGGUGCCGCC